GAUGCAGGACUUUUCACAUCAAGACUCUCCCAAGUCCUUUCGGUAAAGUUAAACCCAGUUGAGCUGAAACGUGAGUAAGUCUGUUUUUCAGGAUGUGGCGGCACGUGUGACUGAGUAAGACUCGUUUCGUGUUUACCUGCACUUGACAGACUGGUUCUCACAUCUUUGCUUAAUGUAUUAGCAGCUCUAUCAGCUCAACGUUCACCUUCAAGAAAAAGGUAGACUAUUGAGGAGAAUCGUACAGGAGCCAGAUGGACUAUGGCUGUCAUUGAUCUGAUGAUGAUGGGAGUGGACCAUCAUCCAAGGAAGGAACAUCAGCCUUGAAGGUAUGGAAAGUUGGAGGAAUGGACUUGAGUAGAAGGGUCCAAGUGUCAAUCUUGAGGUCACUGAAGCGGUUCUGGUUGCUCCAAUUCGCCUUCCACUCGUCCUCUGGUCAAGUGCUGAGAUGAUGGCGUCCAAUGAGUCCAAUUUGUCGUGCAUAUCAUCACUGAAGGACGACGAAGGUCCGCUCUACAUCCAACCGCACUACAAAGAGUCAUACCGUCUGGCUAUAUAUGCUUUGCUGUGCGGUGGGAAAACCGCAUACGAGGACUUCCUGCAGGCUGAGCAGAUCAGCCAUUUCCUGUCUGAGGAGGAGAUUCUCUUCAUUCUGGAAAAUGCAGAGGUAUCCGUCGUGGAGGAUGACUUGGACGGGCGGCGGGUGGGCGUCGUCGAACCAAACCCGUCCACCUACUUCCCUGUGGAGUCGGACGAGGAGGUGCCGGACCUGGACUUGGGCUGGCCAGAGGUCACGCUGGACGACCUUGACACUAGCAUCAGCCUGCUCUUCCACCCUCCCAGACCCAACACGCCCACCAUCAAGGAAGUGGUACGAAAGCAGAUCCAGGAGGCCAAGCAGGUCGUUGCUAUAGCGAUGGACGUCUUCACUGACGUUGACAUUUUCAAGGAGGUCAUCGGUGUCACACUGAGGGGUGUGGUGGUCUACAUCCUACUGGACGAGGCCCAGUUUGGCAGCUUCCACGCCAUGUCGCAGAGAGUAGGCGUCAACAUCCAGGACCUUAAGAACAUCCGGGUCCGUACAGUGCGAGGUCAGCAGUAUCACUGUCAGUCCGGAAUGAAAUUCCACGGCAGUUUGGAACAGAGGUUCAUCCUGGUGGACUGUAGAACCGUUUUAUACGGCACGUACAGCUAUACAUGGUCCUUUGAGAAGAUCAACCUGAGCAUGGUCCUGGUGGUCACGGGUCAGCUAGUUUGCUCAUACGACGAGGAGUUCCGUCGGCUUUACGCUCGCUCGACUAUUCCUGAAGCGCUGUACAAGGAGAGGUCGUCUAUGGAGUACCUCCUGGACAGCGUGGCCCUGCGUAGUCCAAAUUCCAGCCAGCUGACCCUGCAUCAAAUUCACAUGAGAUCCAGAGGCAUGCACGGGUUGAGGGGUGCUCAGGAGGACCGCUUUGGGAAUGCCGUCGGGAUGGCCAGGGGCCUCAGCGUACAGGACCGCUUGCAUCAGUCCCAUUUUACAGACACGGGCCACAUGGUGAGGGGACACAGUUUUGGUGCAGACCUUCAGAGAUUAAACCCAGCAACCCGGCUAAGAAUGGGAACCAAAGACAUUGUAGUACCCGUUGCUCCUGACAGGCCCGUUCCCAUGCUGGUUCCCAGCAGGAUGUCUCACCAGCACAUUCGACACCAGAGUCGCUACGGUCCCGACCAGAAUCUUAUCCCGUUCAAUUCUGAGACGUCUCUCCACAGGUGGAAAAUGGACACGUACCUGAAUAGCAAUAUGAAUCUUGAUGCGUCAUGUGACGUCCUGUCCCCGGUGACCUCGCCGUACAGCAGCCGCACAGGCCUGAAUGAGCACCAGCUCCACAUGACUCACAUGAAACCCAGAGACAUCAAGUCCAGAUUGGAGGAAAUCCGGCAAAAGAGGCUCAGUUUACAGGACUACAACAAUCUCAGGCAGAGCCAAGAGUCUCUGAGGUCCAUGUACCAAAGUCUGGAUCGACCCAAGUUCAAGUCUUCUUUAACGCAGAACAUGGAGGACACGAGCAACCUGGAACCAACCAAUCACAGAGAUCCCGGACCCGGCAAGGAAGAUGACAUGAACUGCUCUGCGUUGUACUUUGACAUCCAAACAGGCCCAGAACUGAAGAGGACGACGGCAUACGACUGGUACGAGCCUCUUUCUAGGACUUCUUCAGCCACCCAUCUGGACGAGAAGCUCAAAGAACCAUCCCUCAAGUACCCCAGUGGUCUCCAGCGUCCCAGAACAAUGGAGUCCUUGAUUGAAAUUCCUGAAGAGAAGGAAGGUUCAAGUAAUCUUAUCAACAGUUAUGAUGGUGUUGGGCUCACAGAUAGAACAGACGAGGAGAAGAAGGUAGGAGCACCUCAAGCAGAGGUAGCCACAAGAAACAAUGACUCCAUGGCCAAGCAGUCUGGAUCUGCUGCUGCUCAGGAGAGAAAGAAGUCCCUUCCUAGCUCGGCGGAGACGGCCCCACAGAUCUUAACUGCAUCCACCUCAGAAGUGAAAAGUCAUCGGACAGAUAAAGAUGGGAUUCCUCAGAGGAAGAACUCCAUGAGGAUGAAAAGCUCUGAAGAGAAGAAGGUCUCCAAAAAGGAGGAUAAGACACUCCAAAGAAAGGCCUCCUUGAAGUCACAGAAUUCCUCUGGGUGUCAAUCAUCUCCCACUGGAAAACCAUCCACCGCGGAGCACCAACCAAGCCAGAACUCCAUCAGCAGGUCAUCAGACUCCGAGAAGCCAAAGUCCUCCUUCAACUUCUCCAGAUUAUCUUCUCACCGCUCCAGCAAACGGAAAACAAACCAAGCGAACGAGCAGGAGCAAGGCUCACAAAACGAUCUGGAAGAACAGCAAAUGACCGCCUACGAGAGCCGCAGGGAGAAGGCCUACAGUCGUUAUGAGUACUUGUUACGUUCUAGCGUUCCUCUGGACAAAGCGAAGAACGAUUCUGCUUAUCCCACAUACGGCACGCCACAAGGUGGCGCUGAAAGGAAACUGGGGAGAUUCAUGCAGAGAGUUGGGAAUCUCAUAGGCAAGAACAAGUAGAUGAUGCUGAUGAACCUUUGAUCGUGCUGCAGAUGUGAAGGUUGGCUCUGGCAUACUCAACAUGUACAUAUGUACGUAUAUACAUAAGUAUGUAUAUACAUAUGUACGUAUUCUACAGGUUCACCUUAUUUACUGUGGUGAUUUCUUGUUCAUUCAUUUUCUACCGCUUUUCCUCACGAGGGUUGCGGGGGUGCUGGAGCCUAUCCCAGCUGUCUUCGGGCGUGAGGCGGGGCACACCCUGGACUGGUCGCCAGCCAAUCACAGGGCACAUAUAGACAAACAACCAUUCACACUCACAUUCAUACGUAUGGACAAUUAGGAGUCGCUAAUUAACCUAGCAUGUUUUUGGAAUGUGGGAGGAAACCGGAGUACCCGUAGAAAACCCACGCAAGCAUGGGGAGAACAUGCAAACUCCACACAGAGAUGGCCGAGGGUGGAAUUGAACCCUGGUCUCCUUGCUGUGAGGUCUGCGCGCUAAAAAUGAAACCAAAGACUUCACACUGGCACAGCAGCAAAUACAAACAAGCUUUUGUUGUUGUCAGUAACUACACAAUUUUGCAUGGAGGGCCACUUCACCUUUAUUUUGAAAAUAUCACAAUAUCCAUAACAUCAAUUUAAAAAAAAUUAAAAAUUUUAAAAUUUACAAUUUUUAAACUUUUUUAA